AUGUUAGCUAACUCCUCAACAGCUGACCAGGACGCCUCCCUUGCCACCAUUGGCUCCACCCACAUUGCCGAACGCCAAUUUGCCGAGGUUGAGCUUGAGCUUGAGGGCGAGUCUGAGGCAGAGAAGGAACUCGCGCUCGAUCACGAUCAGCUUGCUUCUCUCGGGCGCCACAUGGUUCAAUUCAUGCGCCCUCUCUACAACCCACGAUUGGGCACGUUCACCAUGGCCCGCCGGCCUGAGACUCCGUUUCACUACCACCUGAAGGACGCCAUCUGCGAGAUGAUUGUCGACUGCGCCAAGCAGACUUGCUCCAGCUAUCCUACACAGCCAUACAUCCGUAUCCCAGCUGACGGCGAGGGGGAAAUAGACUACAUUCUAGGAACCGGCGGUGCGGUCCGCACAGUGAUCAUCAUCAAUUGCAAGUACCGUACACCCCAGAAACGGCUACUUCUCAACAGCAAGGGCAAGCAGUACCACGAGAAGCAGCGGGUGGAACUAACCAUGACUAUUGUCCGCAUCAAGAAGCACCUCGCUUCUGCCACAACCAAGGAUGUUGACGAUGGCCAUGGCCUCCAUUGUCUCACAGAGGCAGGCCUUGAGACGGAACACAUGGCUAUCACCCCGGCCUCGUCCCAGUCUCUCAAACUCGAGCUCCACGAUUUCGACCCACGUCUCCCGCGUGGCGAUGACGACCUUGCCGCCGUGAUCGACGCCCCCCUGGCAGACAUCCACGCCGUCGCCGAGGAGGCUGCAGAUUUGCAGGCUAUUGCGGACAACACGAAGGCCUUUAGCAAGGGCCAUGCGAUUGUUAGUGAGCUGCGGGCGUCCUUCAAGCAGCGCUGUGUCGACCGCUACGCGUUGGCACAGCGGAGGGAGACGACACGGUCCUUCCAUGCCGUCACUCAUCCCGACAACGCACAAAAGCGCUACUCCAGCUAUGUCGCCGCCGCCGCCGCCCAUUGUCGUAGUGGCGGUAUCACGAUGGCGCCUUACCAUCCGCUACACCGGCAGGGUCUACCCAUCAACGAGAGACCGCCAUGCCCGGCAUGA